GGGCAACGCCAGGUCGGGCGCCUCCGUGGCCGACGCCGACGCAGCGCGGCACCUGUCGGCGGGGAGCCGCGCGGGCGAGGAGGCGCAGCGGGUGUCGAAGAUGAGCCUCUAUUCAGGCGCGUCGACCGUCCCCGAGCGCGACGCCGACGACGAGGCGCCCUCGACCGCGCACAUGCCCGGCGACAUGCCCGACACCGACGCGCGACGAUCGAGGCGGAGCCGCGAUGCCAAGGGCAACAGCGGCUGCACCGUGCAGUGACGGCGGAGGAUCGUCCGUUUCGGACUUUUGUCAUCCUUUCUAGACAUUCGUUUGUUUCACAUACCGCCCUUUCCUUCUUCUCGCAGACUGCGUCUCACUCGUGCGUUUUUUUUCCUUUUCCUUUUCUUUUUCUUUGUUCCUCUCGUCUUUUUCUUUUCUUUUCUUCUCCUACACGGUUGAUCGAUCGCUUUUGUUUCUCCACCCCACGCGCUACUAUUAUUUUAUGCCAGGAUAUUAUAUCUGUACUCUAACCACCACCCACGUCUUGGCCCAUCUGCUCGGAUUCUGUCAUCGGCCUCCCGUCCGCAUCAUAUCAUCCCAUCUCUUAUGCGACCCAGAAGCGUCUCCCGUCUCUCCGGCAUAUCCAUCCCUCUCGUUGUCCAAUGCACAUAUUAAUACCUUUCC